UAUGCGCAAGCGCAGGCUUUCCUAGUUUCAUUUCCUUUAAAAUCAAAUGCCAAUAACUGAAAAGCCAAACAUGAUUUGUUCAUAAAGUUCCAAAUUAUGUAGAAUCCAAUUAAUGUUAUUUUAUACAUAUUGCCAAUGUGAAUAAUUUGGUUUCGUAGUUUUUUGCUGCCGAUUGUAAGGAAUAUCCUAAAAAAUACUCAGUUAAAACUUGUCUGAACUUAUCCUUAACCAACCUCAUUAACAGUUUCGACAAUUAUUUCUUUAAAAAUGGAUGAACAGUCGUCAGUUUCCGCAGCGUACGUGUUCCGUGGAAUAGAGUACAUAGUGACAAUGUGCGUGAAAGCAGAAAAUUCUUUGACAGUUGAAGUUGAGGAUAAACUAACAGCAGACCAAUGGAGGGCAGAUUUUGAUUCAGCUUAUAUUGAAGAUCUCACACAUAAAACUGGGAACUUCAAGCAAUUUAAUAUUUUUGUUAGCAUGUUGGAAUCUGGAAUCAUACAGGCAAGUGAAAGUGUUUCGCUAGACCUUCUCACCUAUGCAGAUCUUGAGUCGUUAAGACAGAGGAAAUCAGGGAGUGCUGCUAAACCAGCUGCUGCCCAACAGAGGACUGUGUCCCUAAACUCAAAACGUUACCUCAUUUUGACAUACACAGUGGAGUUCGACAGAAUACAUUACCCUUUGCCAUUACCAUACGUGGGUAAGCCAGAUCCACGUCAACUUCAAGAACAAGUCAGAAAUCUUCGUGCAGAAAUCAAAGCACUGAAAACACAGCCUCCUACAGAAAUACACUCCAAAGAUGUUGAAAAAUUGCGAAAAGAGCUUCAAGUCCUGCGGAAGGAAAAGGAGGACAUUGAGGCAGAAUUUCUUCAGUAUCGUCGAGAAAUGAAGAACACAACUGAGGGAAAUGCUCUCAAGGAGCUGAAGAUGUUCAAGAGCAUGGCCCGUCAGCUGGAGGAGGAGCUAAUGAAGGAGAAGACCAAACACCAGCGGCAUGUGAGCAAGCAUGGCCAGCAGUACAGGGACCUCAUGGAGGAGAUAGAGGAGGUGCAGGCUUCUGAGCGAAACCUGAAAAUCAGAGUAAAAAAUCUCACAAAUGAACUGGCAUUGUAUAAGAGAGACAAAGUCCAUGCUAGACCCUCUCGGCCACUCAGUAGAGAGCGCACAAACUCCUAUGAUCGGUAUUCCUCAAGGGAGCGAUCACAUUCGCAGGGUAGAGAGAGAUCACUGUCCCGGGAUCGAUCCUGGUCAGAUCGCUUGUCGGCACGAGAUGGAUCACUCGAGAGACCAUCAUCUGUGAACAGAAGCCGACUGAGUGAUCGGUCUGGUAGCGUUAAAAAUAGUUUCCGAAGUAGGACUCCCUCCCCAACCCCCGCAGCAAAUCAGAGUGGCAGAUUUGACCCAUCAGCCUAUGUCAAAGAUCAGGAAAGAAAGAAGCAAGAGGCGCUUACCAAAAAGAAGCGACAACAAAGAUCCAAUAGAUCUGGUUCCUCCUUGAACUCCAGUAAGCCACUAUCUGGGAAGCGUUUGCCACACAGCAGUAGUCGAGUAUCAGCUGCUGCUAGAAACAGAUCCAGAACUACAUCAUAUGGCAGUCAAGGUGAAAUGAGUGAUGGAGGGACAUCGGACUGCUCAUAUUCCAGUUUAACAAGAAAUUACAGCAAACCGCGGCACAGCCGACCUCGCUCUCGAACCCGGGCCACCGAUAGAAGUGCCCUGUCUUCAGCCUACCAGUCUAGUACCGAUGCACCAAAGAAGACAGAGUCUAGGGUCAAGCGGAACAGUAAAAUAUUAGCUAGUACUCCUGAGUCAGAUACAGGGCGAACGCGUUCCGUGCGAAAUAAGGAAAACAUUCCUGUAAGCAAUGGAGAGACGCAGCGGAAACCCUCUGGAUAUGACAGCGAUGUGUUUGAUAGAUCUGCAGAAAUUUCUGAGAUUGAUGAAAGACUAAGUCGUCUGCAGCAGCUUAUGAAAACCAGUCUUUCUUGACCCUGCUGAUGAAAACCAGUCUGUCUUGACCUUGCUGAUGAAAACCGUCUGUCUGGAAACAGCUUAUGAAACAUGUGUAGAUGUUUUGAAACUGCUGAUAAGAAUCAGUCAGCUUUAAAAAAGUGUAUGGAAAUCAGUAUUGGACAAGCUUAUGAAUUAAUAUCAGUCAGUCUUUAUCUUGCUAAUUCAGGGCAGCUAUAGAAACCAGUCUGUGUUUCAUCGAGCUUUCCAAAACCAACACAGUCCUGUUCCAGCUUUACCUCUUUCUCAGACAAAGAUUGCCAUACUUUGACCAUUUUUUUAAAACAUCUGUAACUAGUCUCAUAGUCAAACAACCAGCAAAAUUAUCGUCAGAUAGCAAUUGUUCAAUCAAAUCAUUAAAAACUAUUGAAAUGAGAUUUAAUACUAACAGUUUUUUAUGCAAUUUCUAUCUUGAUUUUUCAUGUGGGACUGGUUUUCAUCUUUUGCUUGACAUGCUUCUUUCAUCACCUGUUAAAGAUUUAAUACUUCAGUCAAAUUACACAUAUGUCCAUUUUGAUUUUAAAAUGAAAGCCAUUGUAAAACAUGUUGUUAAUUUGUGGUUAAAACCCAUUCAACAUCAGUGAUUUACAAUAGUGUCCCAGAUAGUGUAAACUACAAUGAAAAUGAUAAGUUGUAUAGCCAUCGUAAUAAACAAAAACACUUUUAUAAGUUUUAACCUCUUCCGGAAUGGUAAAAUACACAAAAUAUUUGUGUCUAAGAAUAUACUUACCAUGUUGUGUGUGGUGUAAGGUAUGAUAUGGCCAGUAUACCGUUAGAGGAUUUUCUUUUUAAAAUGUUUCCAUAUAUAUAUAAAUUGAGAAUUGGAAUAUUUGCAACAUCGAACAAACAUUUAUGAUCAACAUGCUCAUUGAAUGAUGGACAUGUUAACGCUAGAACUGAAUUUAACUAAUGAUUAAGGAAGUGCUUGGAAAUAUUAUUUCUUUGUUGUAACAUUAAUUUGUCAUACUGUGUAAAAUAUAUACAGACAUUGGAUUGUUAGAUGCAAAGUUGGCUGUGUAAUGUACCUAACUUUUCUUCCUUUUGAAAUUAUAUUUUCAGUGCUAUGUGGAUAAAUAAAGUGACUGUAUAAUCUGAUUAGCAAAACACAUGUACAAGUGGACCAACUGCAACAGAUAUUUAAAUAAUUUUGUAGAGUAGCUUAAUUAAUCACAGAAAUUAUUCUUAGAUGAAAAUGUACUAUAUUUAGGGUUAAUUAAUUAACAGUGGGGUGUGACACUAUAUUUUUGCCUAUGGUUUAGGUGGGAUGGUCGGGUAUAUUUCAGUGUUAAGGAGUUACCAGAGCAAAGCUGACCCUAGUAAAAACCGGAGGUAUUGUCUCAAAUUUCUUGGACAAUUUUUGUUAGUGUUAUCAAUACACCUAUAUGUAUCAAUAACCACAUGGCUAGCAAUUUACAUUAAAUUUUCGUUUGUUUUGAUUUUUAUGUCCCCCACCACUAUAGUGGGGGACAUAUUGUUUUUGCCCUGUCUGUUGGUUGGUUGGUUGGUCUGUUGGUUGGUUUGCGCCAACUUUAACAUUUGCAAUAACUUUUGCAAUAUUGAAGAUAGCAACUUGAUAUUUGGCAUGCAUGUGUAUCUCAUGGAGCUGCACAUUUUGAGUGGUGAAAGGUCAAGGUCAAGGUCAUCCUUCAAGGUCAAAGGUUAAAAAAAAAAGUCAAAGCGGCGCAGAAGGGGACAUAGUGUUUCUAACAAACACAUUUCUUGUUUUAGACAUCAUAUUUAUUAAUAAUAGUAAUGAAAUAGGUUAUUAUAUAUAUAUAAAUAUAUCCGUAACAAAGCUAGCCUGGUAUUUCUACUUCCACUUAAAGGAUAGAUUAAACUUGUUAAUGUAUUACAAGGUAUGACCAAUCUGUUUUAAUUAUAUUUAAGAUAUAUCAUUACUCAUGUAAUUUCGAUUCUUUUGUAGAGAAAGAAUAGCCUUAACAUGUGUAACUUAGUGGAAACUUAAUAAAUUGUUUAUACUUUACUGGAAAGUAUUGGUAAUUGGCAUUUUAGAAAUUGUAUUGAAGUAAUGCUUUUGUAGUUGUUAAUUCCAGUAACUAGAAACGUGUUCAUGAAAUGUCACCAUUUGAAUAAUUUUUUAUUAUUAUUUAUUGUAUUGUAUAUUUUAUUCAUUUUGUUAAAUUUUAUAAUGUUUGCUGUACAGAGAAAUAUAAUUUAUGAACACGAAUUUUAAGCUUUAUUUAUGAAUUCUCCAUUCUGCUGUCUUUUCAUUGCCUCAAUGAGUUGAACAUUGCUGAAGGCAAGUUUCAGGAAGAGACAUAUUGUAUCGAAUGAUGUUGAGCAGACACAAAACUGUCACUAAAAGACAAAGGGACAUACGGAAGAAGGGCAUUCCUAUACCAAGCCAGCAAUAUUGCGAUUGUUUAAUAAAGUGAACACUUAAAAUAACCAUCUGGUAUUUACAUGAUUAACAAAAGAACUGUCAUUAAUGAUACUGGGGUAUCAAUCUAGUGAAAGAUUGGAUGCUGCGCCUUGCUCCGGUUUGCUUCCCCCUUUUGAUGCAACAACGGUAAAAUCUUUUGAUAUUUGGUAUAUGUUUGCCAUUGAAAAUGAAAUGAAUAUGCAUAAAUAGCUAUUUAACAAGUGCAAGUGAAAUUAACUGCAUAUAACAAUUUAUAAUAAAAAAGUCACCAGAUUGGUGGAAUUUCCUAUCUGCCCCUUUUCACCAGUACCCUGUACCUAGAGCAUAUAAUUUGGUUAAAUAUUUAUUUAAGCCUUUUAAAGGGACCUUUUCACGUUUUGGUAUAUUUUAAAAAUAAAAAAUAAAAUGUUUCAGAUUCGCA